AUGAUGGGAAGAAAUAUUGUCCCAGGAAAAGUAUUCAGCAUAACUGAUCUCCAUCCAGGCUCACAGUAUAAGCUGCGUGUAACUGCACACAAUGCUGCUGGAUCUAGUGUUGCCAAUUACCGAUUUACAACUCUCACAGCUGUUGGAGGAACUGUUAGUCCAAGCCUUGUGAUGAUGGAGACUGAGACAGAACAGAGAGCGCCCCUUCAUAAAGAUGUGAAAGUAGUAGUCCUAGCAGUAUGCUCGGCUGUAGCAUUGUGCCUGAGUUUGCUAGGUCUAUGUUUCUGCUUAAAAAGAAAGGCAAACUCAAGCAGGCCUUCUCCAAGUCCUAGCCUUCAGGAUGUCCAGACCAAUGCCGCACAGGACAACAAACACAACUUAGCUCGCAGGGAGCAAUAUUAUGCCACUGUACGCAAAUUACCACCAUCUCCAGCAACUCUGGAGUGCAUCCCAGAAUAUUCAGAGGAUAUUCGGCCUUACGCUACAUUCCAUGUCCCAGGACCACCUAGCUCUGAGACAACAAAAUUGCAGACAUUUGUCUAUAGAGACAAUGAUGCUUCUCCAACAAGGAAGUCCAUUGGGAAAAGUGACUAUUGCCGGGUGAAAAAACCUCGGCCUGGUGACGAAUAUGACAGUUUUGGUUCCGAAUCUGAUACAGAGCCAGGAACGUCAAGUCGUACAGAAUCAUCAAAUCAGUUGGAUGAUGGUGGAAAUCAAGGAGACUUGAACCGUCCAUAUCACCCGCCAGUCUCUCGGUUGCAAAAAUCUAUGAUUGACUCCACAUACCCUGGUCCAGGUCCAGACUGGAGUCCUCCGUCAGAAGCGGUGUUCCCACGUCGAUACUGUCAGGCUCAUUUGCUUAAGUGAACCUGUGCAUUUCAAAGACAAUUCUCCUACUGUCGGAAGUUGCAAACUGAUGACAUUGUGUUCAGUCUUAAUAUUUAUCUUAUAUAGAAAGUUGUAUAAAUCUUAAUUUUAAAGAUGUGAAUGUGUUUUUGGGGUGAAUAUUGUGUAAAUGUAAUGAGGUGCAUUAAUACAUACAAAACCCGACAACUAUGAAUAGCUGAUUGCUUAUGGUUGUUGUGUUACUUGUUUAUCAUCGGCUGUUCAUGAAAGUGAUCAUCAACCAUCUUGUUAUAAAUUUAACACAACACAGAGGAGAUGUCAGUCUAAAUUUUUACUGUUGUGAAAUCAUCAUAUCUCAUAAUAUUUUUGGUUUAUUUAGGGACAUCACAUAUGAAGAAACCAUAUUGAUUUUGUAUUCACAGUAACUGCAGCUGGACACUUCUACGGCAAGGGAAAACAUAGUUUGAAACACUUUUCGAAGUGUACCUAUCUUCUAAACAAAAUGUGAUAUUAGCCAUGUAGAAAUAUCCAGAUGGCUACACUCCAUACUUUGACAUGAGGCGUAAAGAAUUACUGUUUACACUAUACUCUCAAUCAUCUGUACAUGGAUUAUCCAGCUACUGGCCCAUCUGUGCUCCUUUUUGUGCACAUUCACACUUAUGUGGCGUACCUGUACCUCCAGCUGUUUGUACAUAUGAAACAACUUAAGAAACACAGGAGAGAUUGUCGUUAAAUUUUAUAUUGGUUGUUUUUCUAAGAAUUAUCAAGCCAUAUCAAUUUUUAUUUAGAUUGAACAGUUCUAAUGGCCACUUUAUGUGAAGACCUACAUGCUUUUCUGCUCAAUAAUUAUCACAGCAGAAAAUAUUUUGAAUAAAUUUGUAAAGGAAAAUGAAAUACAUGUUUUAUGUUUGGUUUUGUUCUUCUGGAAGUCUUACAGCUUUCAAGGUAAUGGAACGAAUAAGAUGUUCUACACAUGCUCAAAAUCUCUAUAUUCAACAGACAUCGUGGUUCCCAGUCACACCCUAAACUUGGGUUUUCUUUUUUUCAUGUCUGUUUUUCCAUUCUUUAGCAUGGAUAAUUAGGGGUAUACUAUAUAGCUAUCAAAGAAAAAUUUAAACUUGAAAAAUACAAUUUUUUUUAACUUUAUGUAUACUGCAAAUAUUCACAUCAGUACAAUGUGAUGAAUGUUAAACUUUUAAUGGAGGAGGCUCUAAUUAGAGCUGGUUCAUAGCACCGGUGACUACACACAAGGUAAGGAAAUAAAAUAUUCCAUACAGUGGGCAGAUUUACAUCCACACCAAGUGACUCAAUGUACAUGGAAUCUACUUGUUUGUUUCUAAUUUUCAUUAGCCUUUGUAUACUCACUGUUUAAUAACAAAACAUUUUUCUUUAUAUGUUGAAUUGUAAUAUAUUUCCAUUGCUGAAUAGCUACUUCACAGCUAAGCAUAUAGAAACAGUACUUUUUGCAAAAUAAGUUGUAGGAUUAAAUAUGGCAGAAAUUGCUUGUUUCUUUUAAGUAUACACAAAAAUAAUUCUAGGUUUCAAAACACCACUUCCUUUUCAAUACAGAAUAUACUAAUUUUGCUGGAAAAUGAUGGUAAAUUUUUAUUGUAUCAUACUUCAAGCUCUGAGAUCAAGAAAAAAAAUAAUUUUAUCACUGAUGUAGCCUCAUAUUAGAGUUGCAGAAGCCAUUACAGUGAUAAAUUUCACACAGGAAGUUGAAAGUAAUACUAUUUUUAAAAUAUGUAAAGAUAUGGUUCUUUGCAUGUAUGGACUAAACUAUACAUAAUAUGGUUUCUAAAAAUAUGAUUCCAGGGAAACAACCAAGAUAUGUCAGUGCCUGACAUUCACUCUUUUUUUAUUUUUAUGUAAUUUUUUCUUCUUCAUAAUUUUCAGCCUAGUAGAAUUUAUAAUUAAGAACAUGCAUGUGAUGAUUUAACUGUGAUGAUCAGCAAAAUUUUGUCCAAUCAAAUAAUAAAAUCUUCCUGACACUAAUCUUUAUGAUGAAUCUGCAGUACUGUAAACUUUAUUGUUUAUGUUCUCAUAACAUUUCCAUUUUUGUACCCUUUAAAUAAUGGAUAUUAUAAUGUAUACAAAUAUGCUUUUGGAGAAAAUAUUUUGACAUCUUAAUUGUAAUGAAUAAUUGUUCUGUAAUUUGCAUGACUGCCAUUUUUGUGCAGGUCUGUUCAAUUAUUUCUUAUAUGUACACAUUUUAAUCAAGAUUAUUAUUGCAGUUUAAGUCUGCUGUAAAAAAGUAAAGAAAUGUAUAAUUUAAAAGAAAAAUUAACAAAUGUCGAAUUAUAUUAUAAGUACUGCAUAGGGGGCAUGAAAUUAGUUACACCCCAUAAAUGCAAUAAUUCGUUAAAAUUGCUAUGGAGUCAAAAAAGUGUGGAAUUUGAAUGCAAUAAAUAAGCACUCUGUUGGGCCGAGAAUGCAAAAUUUAAUUAUAAAUAACAAAUUUUAAAAGAAUCAUGGUAUUGUAUUAAAAAAUGUUAGUAUUUCCUAGAAGGAAACUUUUCUUUGAUAGGCCAACAUCACAUUAUAGGCAGUGAAAUCUUGUAUUUUUCCAUGUUUGAUGUAAACCAUGCAGUGUACAUUUUCUCUCAGUAGGACAAUCAUUGUGAAUGAAAUGUCUCUCUCUCUGUCAUGUAAUAUUCCAUUGUGUGGCUAGCAGAAACUUUAGGCUCCAGUUCUGCAAGCUGUAGGAAAGGUCCCUCCAGCAAACUGACCCUGAGUACCAAAUAAUUGAAAGGGUUUCUGGCCUGUUGAUAUCCACACCAUAAUUCAAAAAGAACCAAUCAAAUGAAAUAGAUAGUAUAGUAUAGUAUAGUAUUUAUUGCAUACAAGCAAAUCCAAUUACAGGCCAACACCACUGGACACAGAACAAGUCAAAUAUCUUCAACAAAUGCUCCAACAAUGGAACUAGUCAACAUAAAA